AAUCGACGUCGCAAGAACAAAAAAAUACUGACUUCGACAGCUAACCCUGGUACGUACAGCAAAGAACAGAUUCGUUUUUAGAACAAAACGUUACUUAUAGAGUAACUAAGAACGAGAAAAAGCAAGAGUCAAGAGAACUCAUCACAGUGAAUACUUAGAAGAUGAGUUUGAGUAUACUUUACUGAGCAGGUCGUUUGAAUGCUGUCCGAAAGCGAGUCGUCACCAUGCUCGACGUCGUGUGAAAGCGAUCUGACCAGAUCCUAGGAAGUGUUUCCUGAUCGUCAGCAGAGAGAAGAUGAUGAAAAUUUUUUGUUCCUAUUCUUGCAAAAGCUAUAAAGAUAAAGAAGGCAAAAGAGGGUAAGAGUUGUACUCAUCAGGAGUACAAAGAGGGUCUUUUUUUUGAAACAGAAUAAACUUUACUUGAGAUAAUGAAAAGACACACACUGCUCGCGCAUUUUGUUGACUCACUUCUCAGGAGGAUGAAUGUCUAUGUGCAUUUACACACCCCCUCGCCCCCCUUUUCCUCCCCCGUUUAUACUUAGAUGCCGGGCCAGCUUCUACAACAUUUGUUAGACUUUGACUACGUUGUUGCUUUUUUGUCUGAUGGAGUGGAAGAUUCUCUUUAUUGUUCUCUAUUAUAGCCAAAAAUUUAUCUUCGAUAGUUUUUCCCUGCUCUCCUCGUUUACGACCUAAUGAUCCACGCCGCAAACGCAAAUGUACAAGGACUAUGAAUCUCGAAGAACCUAGCCCCCAACUAAUAGAAGUAGUUAACAGCACUAGAAGUAGGAGUAAGUAUGUUGUUUCUACAGUUGCAGUUCCGAAGGAAGAUAGAUUAUCCCAGCCCUACUCCACUACUGCUUUAAGUUAACACUUGAUCAUCACCUUGUUCACCUAGAAGAACCACAAUUCAGCAAAAUGACCUCCCAGCUUCUGAGUGAUAAGCAGAUCCGAAGGCGCAUCCAGACUGAUCUGCACUACACCCUAGACGACAGCGAUGGCGGCAACAUCAAGAAGCAGGGACUCCUGAAAUACGUUUACCACCGAAUCAGCAACUUCAGCUUUCCCUCGAUCAACAUUGGCACUACUUCAGUUGACCUUCAGGUGUUGCCAUUUACGAGGAGGCGAAACUCAGGUGAUAGAAGUCCCGAUCAGUCGAGGACAUCCUCUUCUAGGCGGUCGACGAGUCGUUCCGACAAAAUAUCUUCUAGUGGUGGACCUCAACGUGGUUGUAACGAUGAUGGCAUCUCUGGACGUGAAGAAGGGAAAGAGCAUCACAGCGGUCUAGAAAUGUCAUCAUCUUCUAGGAUGAAUGACGCAGAUUCUUCCAGGACAAGUACUACGUCUACACGCAGCCCACCUAGUUCUCCCUCAAGUUCGGUUCGAAGUCUAGAAGAUGGUGCUGGUGGCUCUCCGUUAUCCUUUGGUGGUCGGCGGAGAGGACAAGGUGGAGCGCUGCAUAGAUCGAGGGAUUACUCGUCGGAUGAAGCUGACACGGGCGAUAAGGGAGAUAAGUCCUUCUGCAGAAGGAGCGUUGUUAGGUAUAAUUUCUACUUCUACUACUUCUUGUUAUGGAUAAAUCAUUUUCCCGAAGGAGCGUUGAUGUUAGGUAUUUCUACUUGAUAUGGUUUGUGAUUGAUGUUUGUAGUUUCUUUGGUCUCGGAGUUACUUCUGUAGUUAUCCGCAUGAUCUGGCAUCAUGAUAAGUCUACCUAUAGGUCGUUUUUUUUGUCUACAUUGUUGACAUUCACUUCUUAUUCAACGAAGAGAAUAUGCUGAAGAUACACGCCUCAUCUAAAUACUUCUUCUCCAUAACCAUUCCCACCUCUUCUCAAGGUGCGUUGCGCGUCUCAGUGUCUUACUCGAUUCCUGUAAGCGGAUUAUCGCUAGAAAUGCAGGAGGCGGGGGGUCGGAUGGAUUGCUGGAUAACAAGAGUGGCGGCAGGCGGAAGCAGCAACUUCUUCGCACAUUGACGGCUGUGGUUAGUGGAUUGCUUGCUUUGGGAUUCAUCUACAUGCUUGUGCUGCAAUUUUCUUCGACGGAGACGGACGUACAGACAAUUGUUGAAGCUGAGAGGAACACCCCGCAGGACGCAGCGCCAGCUCCGACAGCUAGUUUUUUCACUCGCUAUUUUGGAACGCCUUCGGAGGAAAUACCACCAGAUACCUAUUCCUUCAUGGGAGGUGGAGGACCAAGUGCAGCAGGUGGAGACCAGCAGAGGCCUGAUACAGCUGCAGAGGACGAGGCAAGUGGCACAACUGGAAGUAAUGGAAGUGCUAAUGCUAAGCCUGGACCAACUUCUCAGCAGCUGCAGGGCACAUCUUCAGCAGGCAAGCUUCUUGGCCGGGUAGAGGGUGGUGCCUCGUCCGGAGCAGAGGACGAAUCGCGGAAUUUGUCAGGAGUUGGGAAGGCUAUUCAUGUUAAGGCUGAGACUAUGAAAAAAGUUGUUAUGAACUGCAUUCUUUCAAGCAUAGUUGUAACGAAGUUCUUCCUCCUGUUAAAAUGACUGCAUUCUUUCAAGCAUAGGUUUAUAACGAAGUUCUUCUUGUUCUUGUUAAAAAAUAGUGUUCGUCAUGACUCGUCUAAUACCCCAUCCGGAGCACUAGGAUCAGGAGUCGCUUCAUCGUCAAAAGAGACAGCCACUUCUGCGCCAGAUGAGGAACUGAAGAAAUUGCUCAAGAAUAUCGAAUCCACCUCUACUACAGCAAGCACAGCAAAGGCCAACUACGGAGGUAAUUAUACACAGAGACUUCCUCCUAGCACGACAGGUCUUGGAGCAGCUGCCCCAACUACCAGUGAUGAGAGCGAGGAGAUUAGUGACUCCAAUUUCUCGAAUGAACCACUGGAAGAAGAUCCUUUGCCUACCGAAGCAGCGCCUCUACCAGUCGUUGCUUCAGCAGAACAAGAUGAGGCUGCGAAAAGCACGGAGACGCCCCAGCCUGCUUCUGCGACAUCUUCUACAUCUGCGCCCUCCUCCUCGCCUGAAAAGAACGAGAAGUUGUCUCCCUCGGCUGAAACAGUAGACCAUGAUCAGGAUUCCUCGCACAAUCAAGAACAACAUGAUGCAGAUGCGCCUGCUGAUAUGCAUGAAGAUGAAGAGCAUCACUCUGAAAAUAAGGCGAUGUCAGGAGGAACAGCACUCAAAAAAACGAGUCGACAAAGUAGCUCUAUCGCUGCUUCGAUCAAGAAGACAAAAAAUUCUGAUGUUGUAGAUCUUGUAGCGUCAGCAGACGGAGAAAACAGGGAACAAAAGAGCGUCCGACAUCAAAAUAACGUCGGAGAUGAUGAGAUUAAGGCUCAGCUUUCAAUGGUCACCAUUGAGAUUGGGGUCACUGAGAUCCCUCUUGAGGAAAGAUGGGGGGAAAAUGAAGGAAAAGCAAAGGGAGAGGCAUGGGGCCCAUUUCUUUCAGAGUCAUGAUGACCAUUGAAUGCUGAGCUUUAAUGAGAUGAAUGAGCAGGAAAUAGAUGAACAGCAACAAGUUCCAAACGAAGAUCUUGAAGAGCAUCAGGACGAAAAAGAAGAGCCCUUGUUCCGACGCGCCACACGAGCAAGUCCAUUCUUCUGGUUUCUUCCCACCGGAGCCGGCAUUCUCUUACUCGGCGUAGUCUUUUACGCAGGUGGACGAGGCUCAGUCGGCUGGCUCCGGAGAGAUGGCGGGGACAGAAAACGGAUAAGCAUAUCCAUGGACGGCGACGCUUUGUACAAAGCGAAUUUGUCAAAUCCGCACAUCGCGACGCAUUUCCACGACCAAUCUGCGCAGUCUUCACCAUCAUCUCCAUCGGCGAAGAACUGCUGUUCAAGUGCUUUAGCUUCUCUGAUGGGGACAACCUCACAGGGGGGAUCCUCUAGUAGUAGGACCUCGACCACGACAAUUGCAAACGCAAGUAGUACAGGAGGUAUAUUAACUGGUGGUACUGGUAUGACAAGAAAUAGCUCAUCAACAUCUUCUGGUGUCGGCUCAACAUCCUCGAAUAUGAAUCCGACAAAUACUAAAACAAAUACCGGAGUAGGCUCAACAUCGCAAGGUGAUCCCUUAUCGUCAUCUUCUCUUUCUGGUGGUGUCCGUGUCUCUCAAUCGCAUGAUCAUAUGCUAGCAAGUCCUUCAGAGUCAAAAGCUGUGCCACCACCUCCCCUCCGAGGCGAGCUUUCGGGUUCAAAGAAGACUAGGAAAGACUCCAAAGAUAUCCAGUCAACCUUGAGCGCAGCAAUUCACUCACCUCAGGCACCUGGCGCGGUGCCUCUUGACCUCACAUCGACUGGAGGAAACAGCAGUAAACCACCUGGAAAUGCCACGAAAUCGAAGAGUUUGUAUCCGUCUCCUGCCUUGUUUCCAUUCGGGCACGGUGCGACGCCGCCUAUAACGUCGGCAGCCAGCUCCAAAAUGAGCACGGUGUCGAGUACGACGGCAGUGAGUGAUCUGAGGUUAUUUGAGCAUUUGCAGCAGGCUGAAGAGUGUUCAACAGCGAGUGGGUCGCGGAGUCAAACAGAAGUAGAUGGCGAAGGACCACAGGACCCUCUGCCUAGCGGACGGUCUACAACGAAUAGUACUGCGUCUGCUUUGGGAGGACCUCCGGAUUCAUCUAGGACUACUACAACUAGAUUAUCUGCAGGAGCACCAUCAACAGGACCUUCUGCAUUAGCAGUGAUAGAGCGGAAGAUGAAGUUUGGAACAUAUCGUAGAGUGGGCAACCAGAUUCUAGGCCACGGGAGUUGCAAAGUCGUGUACCUUGCAGAACAAACUGAGUCCGGCAGAAGGGUCGCCUGGUCGCAAAUAGGCGUAAAAAAAGACGAGUUGUCUGACGCCUCCGACGAAGACGGGGGCGCGGCUCGGAGACCACGUGCGGCGUCGCUUUCAGUUUCUGCCCAACUCGAACAGACCAAAUCCGAAUUGCAAGUCUUGAUUGCGGCAACACAACCUGGCACAGAACAUCUGCAAAAAGAUCAACCUUUAGAUCUAGACAGGCAGAAGAUUUUGAAGCUGCUGGAUUUCUGUUUCGACAUGGACUCAACAACAGGCGACCUAGAAAGGAUUCACAUGGUCACGGAAUUGCAUUUAGGCGGCUGUCUCCGCAAGUGGCACUGGAACAUCCAGAAUCAUGUGCAUCCGGAAACCGGUGAACGAGGAUUCAAAUUUGCUGGUGAACUAGUCAGGGAGCUCAGGAACUGUGCUAUCUCGGUGAGUCAAGGGUUACGUUAUUUGCACGGAACCAAAAUCAUCCAUAGAGACGUUAGACCGGACAACAUCUUCGUCAAAGUGGACAGAGGUGGGAAGAUUCAGGAUGCGGUACUGGCGGAUUUGGGACUCUUCAAAUUCGAACUGGAAGAGGAAUUGGAGGCGGAUGUCGAAGUUAUGAAAGAUGCGGAUUCGGAUAAUUCACAGUGACAGAGUAAAUGUUGCUUACAGGAGUUGUUACAGUUAUUUGGAAGUUGUUUCAGUUUGAGGAGCUUCGAAGUUCGAAACUACCGCAGUACAACAACACUUUGGUUUCAUGAAAGUGAAAUAUUUCCAUCUUCUGUUUUUACACUAUCUUAUAACUUUGAAUUUGACACCAAAAUCUUCCUCCCACGACCUUUUACCUCUCCCUCGUCUAAUCCCCAACACACCGAAACCGAGGCUGAGGAUGGCGAUACGACACAGGUAGAGAUAAUGGACGACAACAUCAUUGGAACACCUACAUUUGGGGGAAACCGGUACCAGAGUGGCGGGACCGGGAGAGUCAGUCCAACUUCGUCCUCCCAACAAAGCAAGAUCUCCACAACUCCCACCUCUCGUGCGUGUCCGUCAACCACUGUCACGCCCAGGAAUGUUGGCUUCGCUAUGGCAGGGGUACAAAAAAGGUCGCUUUCCGGACCUGGUUGUAGUAGUUCUUCUUCCGUUUCUGGGAAAAUAGGCGCAUCUUCUGGUGGAAAAAAGAACAGUAGUACAAAAACGACCACGUACCAAGUUAUGGCCAACAUUUAUAGUGUCCAUCAUUCUCGGCAUCUUGGUCCCCUUUUCCCUUGUAUUAUUCCUAUGAAAUGAUACAAGGGUAGUAAAGGGGCCAAGAUGAGGGGGCCGAGAUGCAAUCUAGCAGACUCUAACCAAGGAAAAUUCUCUAUUUCCGGCAACGACAGCUACUUCCCGCCUGAAGUCGUGAAACAACUCAUCGAGAAUCCCCCAAAUAACAUUUUGAUGGCGUCCAAGAUUCGCUGUCGCUUUGACACCAAAUUGGAUAUCUGGAUGUUCGCGCUGUCGAUGUUAGAAAUGUACAUCGAAAAGAGACCUUCUGUUCAGCGGUGGGAGGAAUUCGACUCCUACGAAGACUAUGUGACAGCGUUGGAGCAUGAAAAGAGCAAAGUCCUAAACGAUGCGAGACACAAAUUUCACGAAGACCAGUUCUCGCACAUGCACUUUAUUCUGUUCCUGCAAGACGCCCUUAGGACGAAUCCAAGACGAAGAGCGACCGCGAAUGAUAGCUACUAUUACGGCAUGGUUGCGACCACGACGUAGUGAAUGAUUUAGUUUUAGUAGUGAUUGCAGCUCGCUUUUGAUGUUAAAUGGUUCCGGUAUUUGGUAACCUGAAUUCGAUCACAAGGAUUCUCUUCUUGUUUUCCCUUAGGAUCAAAAUCAGGCUACCGAAUACCAGAGCCAUUCAGAUGUUGUUCUUGUCAUGGUUGUACCUUUUCGCAUACCCACGACUAGUAGUUCUGGCAUUUCGGCUUAGAAUGAAAAUAACAAUCUUCAAGACCAAGAGCAUCAUGAUCUAAUACCUUCUCCUGACGCAAGCUUAUUCCCGAAUAUCUGGCAACGCGGGCUUAGCUCCACACACUGCGUCGCCUAUAUCUUUGCUGGGUGAAGAACAGAACGCACCGAAUAUGAAUACUUAUGAUUCAGCGAUGAAGUACAAGUAGUGACUCAAAAACAUUUUAUGUCUCCAAGCAAGUAGUGACAACUCAAGAACAUUUAUUUAUAUCUCCAAGUUGUACUAGAAGUAUGCGUAGCACCAGCUUCACCACGACUAAGAAUUAUAUCCCUUUUUUUUGUGCAUCUCGUGCUCGUCUAGCUCUAGCACUCUCCACCACCUUCUAAUUACCAACAACCUCCAGCAACGCUCGCGCCGCUCGUGGGAGAGCCAACAACAUGAGCAAGGACAGCGGGAGUAAUUCCUCAAAAGUCGGCCAAGCUCAUUUUGAGGAACUGGAAUCAGAACCGUGAAUCAGGCAAAUGCCUUGUUCUUGGGAGAGAUGAAUCAACUCGAGUACCUUCUGGGGGAGCGGCAAACGCCUUGUUUUCGGGAGAGAUCAAUCAACUCGAGCAUGUUGUAAGAAGCAAGUGCAAUCAUCUCGAGCAUGUAAGAAGCAUGUGCAUGUGAGAAGAAAGCUGUAUGAAUAUGAACAAUGGCUGUACUGUUUUUCGAUGAAUCUCCUGUAAGAUCUUCAUGUUACGGUCUCGAAAACUACUUUCAGCACAUGAAAAAUUCAGAAUCUUCAUUCCAGUGGUCAUCCAAGAUUGUUGAGUCUCUAUGAUAGAAAUCAUAUUUUGAGUCGUUCUUCUCUUCACCUUGAUAGCAUUAGUCAUUAGAUUGUUGUUUGAAAUACAGAUAGAUGUCAUACAAGAAUUUCUUACUACUUACACUAAUAUUAACUGUUGUUCCACUUGUUACUUUUUUCCUUGUAGCAUCGACCCAAUGGAUAACGAUAACCAGAUAUUACACGAUCAUUAGGCUUUAUUACUGAACCUCCGCAAGAUACAACGAGAAGUUGUAAACUGAUGCAACAUCGCUUGGAUGUGAUUAUACUACUUAUGAAUGUUAUUAUUGUUUUUCUGAAUCCACUAGACGCAAAUGUCAUUCUCCUGGUCUAAGUACUUAUCACGAAAAAGAUCUGUGCGUGUGCAAACACAAACUGUUCCUGAAAUAUAAGAAAGAAUCCCUCGACGCCUCUGGAAGUAGAUGCUCCAACAUUUUUGAUGUUGUCAUUUCCCACUUUCUUGAUGUUUUGUAUCUCAUAUACCACCUCAAUAAACAAAGCCACUAAUAGCGACCUAGCACCGAAACCUUGUCGAUCUUCCCCCAGUAUUCAGCAAUGACAAACAACAUUCUGGAAGAUCUUUGACUUUGUAUACUACAACUACUUCAGACAGUUGUACACCAUGAUCAACCUUUCUUCAGGCCUCUGGCCGAAGGGAAUAAAAGUCUGCCUCUUAUUCAGUCUCAUGGUCAUAACUGAUGGAGGCACUUCUAAAGAAAAUAAAUGCACGACUAAAAAUAUGAACAAGAAAACUAUCGGUAUUUGCGUCCGUUAUAAUCACCAAG